CCGACCUUUUUUAGUUUUCUCCUUCUGUUUUCUUUUUUUUUUUAUCUAGCGAUACCAUCUUGUUUUUGGUCCUUGAUACUCGCCAGCUGUGUUGGACGAGAUCAUCCAAGAUGGCGCAAGACAGUUACCUCUACGCCCUCAGCUCCAACAAUGCCUGGGCAGGCUACAAAGCGCACCAGAACCCAAACUUCUUCCCGAAGCUCGCAAGUGGACAAUCUCCACAAAUCCUCUGGCUCGGCUGCUCCGACUCGCGCUGCCCAGAGACGACGAUUCUGGGCCUGCAGCCGGGCGACGUCUUUACGCACCGCAACGUGGCCAACAUUGUCUCGCCGACCGACAUCAACACGGCGGCGGUCAUCGAGUAUGCGGUCGCGCACCUGCGCGUCCGCCACAUAGUGCUGUGCGGCCACACGGCCUGCGGCGGCGCCGCGGCCGCGCUGGCCUCCUCCUCUGAUGGCGGCGGCGGCGGCGGAAACAAGAGGCUCGGAGGGGUGCUCGACACGUGGCUGACGCCGCUGCGGGCGCUGCGGUCCGCCCACCGCGAGGCGCUGGACGCGAUCGCGGACGACGCCGCCCGGGCGGUCCGGCUGGCUGAGCUCAACGUCGAGGCCGGGGUGCGCGUACUGAUGGAGAAUGAGGUGGUGCGGGAGGCGGUGCGGGACCGCGGGCUCGAGGUGCACGGGUGCCUGUUCGAUAUAGGGAGCGGGAGGAUCCGGGACCUCGGGAUUGGGACGAGGCCCAAGCGGACCGUCCGGGGGUCCGGGACCGAAAGCGAGGAGGUGAGGGGAACACAUGGGCAGCUGGUGUUUAACGGCAGUGGCGCGUCUCUGGCGGUGCGGUGA